AUGGCUCAGAAUAGCAUACUCACCCCAAUUGUCACCUUCUUUGUAAAUGAGUUAUGGGAGCCAAUCAAGAAGCAUAUUGGCUACUGUUUGAAGCCUGAAACCAACGUCAACAAUCUAGCAAAAGCUGUUGAUGAAUUGAGGAAUUCAAUACAUGCCACUGAGGAGACCAUCCAGUUAGGUGCACGCCAAGGCAAGAGACCAAAGGUACCAGCAGUAACAAGGUGGACAGAGAGUGCUCGGUCUAUGGAAGCAGAAGCUUGCAGAAUGAGCAACAAGUAUGCAGCAAGGGCCCUACAUAUCUUUGGCUGCUCCUGGAAUUGUUGGUCCAACUGCAAAAUUAGCAAAUCUGCUGCAAAGGUUAAAGCUGAUAUUGAAGAUAUUAACAAGAGAUCACUUCAAAAGGAUGAUAUAUUAAGUUUGCUCCCACCAGUUGGUUUCGAGUUGCCUUUACCAGCAAACAUCGUAGGCCAGGAACACUACAGAAACAAGGUUUUCGGUUGCAUCGAGGAAGGCGCUACGAGCACCAUUGGCAUAUGUGGCAUGGGAGGGUCAGGAAAAACUACUCUCCUUAAACAAAUCAGCAACUACUAUACCUCUGAAAGGCCUGGAUUUGACCAUGUCAUGUUUAUUGAAGUUGGCAAGCAACUAGACUUGAUGGCAGUUCAGCAGAACAUUGCUUCUGGACUAGGACAGUUGCUAACAGAUGGAGAAGAUGAAACACACAGAGCUAGAGCUAUUUUCAACUUUUUAAAGGAAAAGAAAUUCCUAUUGUUGAUUGAUGAUCUCUGGGACAUGCUGGACUUAGUGAAAGUUGGUAUACCGCACGGUUUGAAGAAAUGUUCCCUCCCAAAUAGCCAGAUUGUAGUGGUCACAACACGAUCUUUGGAAGUCUGCGGUAGAAUGCGUAUCUUUGAAAAUGUUAUACAGUUGAAAUGCCUGAAUUCUGAUCAUUCGUGGCAGCUGUUUAAAGACAUUGUUGGUGGAAAAAAGAUGGAAGAUGCUCGAAUAAGGGGAUGUGCGGCGAAGAUUGCUGCAAAAUGUGGAGGUCUUCCACUAGCAAUUAAGAUAACUGGGCAGGCUGUGGCAUCCAAGGUAGCUUCAGAAGAACGGGAAUACAGUUUGAUGUUAGUAGAAGAUUCAGUUUUCCAUCAGGUUUCUAGUUCAGAUAACGAACUCUUUCCUAUAUUGAAAAUUAGUGACAGCUUGCAAAGUGAUGUGAUUAGAAUGUGCUUCCUAUUAUUUGCCGGGGGCCAUGGACUGCUAGGCGAGGAUGAUGAUAUUGAAAGAACUUACUUGAGAGGAUAUACUAUUGUUGAAAUUUUGAAAAGAUCAUUCUUGAUUGAAUCCUCUGAAAAAUGGGACAAAUGUGUGAAAAUGCACCAUGUUGUUCAAGAUCUGGCCUUGUGGAUUGUAGCGACAAAACAGAACGGGACGCAUAAAGAGAAGUGGCUGGUGGACCAAAGAGAACACACCCGACCAGAGGUUUGGAGCACCGCUGAUAGAAUUUUCCUCUUUGGUGAUGAUAUCAAGACAAUUCCUAGUUCUUGCAGCUGCCCUGACUUAUUAACAUUAAUGCUAGUAAACAAUGAGCAUAUUUCUGAGUUCCCAGCUGAUUUUUUCUCUACCAUGAAAUCACUCAUUUAUUUGGACCUUUCUGGAAUACAGAUCCAAGAAACACCACCAGAAAUCGGAGCAUUAACAAGCUUGCAGUUCCUUGACCUUUCUCGGACACCAAUACAUUCACUGCCAGUGGGUCUGGGACUGUUGGAAAAUCUAAGGUACUUAUAUUUGCAGUGCACUUUCAGUCUCCAAAAUAUAUCAAAUGGUUUGCUAUCUAGACAGAAGAUGUUAAGGUGGUUAGAUUUAUAUCGAUGUCAUGAUUUGGCAAUUGAUUACUCAGCACGAUAUAUCGAAGAACUCAAAAGUUUAACUAGGCUAAGGGAUAUUGGCUUUACAGUACAAGAUUCAGACUCCAUGUUGAAGAUCUGUAACUUGCCCAAAGCCUUUGUAAGCUACCGAGUAUAUCCAUCUCUCAUUGCAGCAACCUGA